AUGGGAGCUCUUCAAUCAGAAAAAGCCGCAAAUGGUGCGGCGGCUCUAGAGACUCAGUCUUCGCCGGAAGAUUUCGAUCAGCCGUCUCCUCUCCGUAAAAUCAUCUCCGUCGCUUCCAUCGCCGCCGGUGUACAAUUCGGGUGGGCCCUACAACUCUCCCUCCUCACUCCUUACGUACAACUCCUCGGUAUACCACACAAAUGGUCCUCUCUGAUCUGGCUAUGUGGUCCAGUCUCCGGUAUGAUUGUCCAACCAAUCGUCGGUUACUACAGCGACCGAUGCACAUCAAGAUUCGGUCGCCGUCGUCCUUUCAUCGCCUCCGGUGCCUUCCUAGUCGCCGUAGCCGUUUUCUUGAUCGGUUACGCGGCCGAUCUUGGCCACAAGAUGGGUGAUAAACUCGAGGGAACGCCGAAGGUCCGAGCCAUAGGGAUCUUCGCCCUCGGGUUCUGGAUCCUCGACGUUGCCAACAACACCUUACAAGGGCCUUGUCGUGCUUUUUUAGCCGAUUUAGCCGGUGGAGACGCUAAAAAAACGCGAGUCGCAAACUCGUUCUUUUCGUUUUUUAUGGCGGUUGGUAACGUUUUGGGUUACGCGGCUGGUUCCUACACCAACCUACACAAAAUGUUCCCUUUCACAAUGACGAAAGCUUGCGAUAUUUACUGCGCAAAUCUCAAAACGUGUUUCUUUUUAUCUAUCACUCUCUUGUUAAUCGUCACAGUGACGUCUCUAUGGUACGUAAAGGACAAACAAUGGUCUCCUGCGCCGGGAGAAGACGGCGAGAAAGCGCCGAGUGUACCGUUCUUUGGAGAGAUCUUUGGUGCUUUUAGAGUGAUGCAACGACCCAUGUGGAUGCUUUUGAUAGUCACUGCUUUAAACUGGAUCGCAUGGUUCCCAUUUCUUUUGUUCGAUACUGAUUGGAUGGGUCGUGAAGUGUACGGUGGUAAAUCCGAAGGCGAUGAGAGAUUGAAGAAACUAUACAACCAAGGAGUACACUCUGGUGCAUUAGGUUUAAUGUUUAAUGCAAUUGUUCUUGGUUUUAUGUCACUUGGUAUUGAAUGGAUUGGUAAGAAAGUUGGUGGAGCUAAAAGGCUUUGGGGGAUGGUGAAUUUCAUACUCGCCGCCGGUUUAGCCAUGACGGUUCUCGUCACGAAAUUCGCGGAGGAUCAUCGGAAAGUCGCCGGUGAUUAUGCCGGACCGAGUUCUGGUGUUAAAGCUGGUGCUUUAAGUCUCUUUGCUGUUCUUGGUAUCCCAUUAGCUAUUACUUUCAGUAUUCCGUUUGCAUUAGCAUCCAUAUUUUCAAGUAGCUCCGGUGCCGGCCAAGGACUUUCUUUGGGAGUUUUAAAUUUGGCGAUUGUGAUACCACAAAUGAUUGUCUCACUUGGUGGUGGACCUUUCGACGCUCUCUUCGGCGGUGGAAAUCUACCGGCAUUUAUUCUCGCAGCAAUCGCGGCGGCGAUUAGCGGAGUGUUAGCGUUAACCGUUUUACCUUCACCUCCACCGGACGCACCUGCCAUGAAACCUACCAUGGGAUUCCAUUAG